AUGCAUCAACAACUCCAACUGGAGGCCAUGGUCUACUGGAAGCGUUGGAAGGAAUCAAAUCGCCGAUGGCGCACCACUACAGCCAGAGUCCUCACGAGCCCUCACAUGCAUAGGAUUCUUAUCCUACUGAUCUUUAUUGACGUGGUCUUUGUGCUCGUCGAGCUGGGCUAUACGUUGUUCAAUCCCAAUUGCAGUGAGCUUGAACCACGAGAGACGCCAGUCUGGAUGGAAGCUUUGUCUAUUACCUCCCUGGCAUUGUCAGCGCUUCUGGUCACCGAAAUACCUAUCACGGUCUGGUGCAUGGGGAUACAGUACUUUAACCCGUUUGGCGCCGUGCACUGGGCAGCUUUGCAUCUAUUCGAUGCGCUUAUCAACCUCGCCACAUUCAUUCUCGACCUAGUACUUCGGGGUCGCGAAAGGGAACUGGCUUCCCUUCUCAUUAUCCUUCGUCUUUGGCGUAUUGCCAAGCUGGUGUCAAGUGUCGCCGUGGCCACCGAUAGUCUUGAGGAAGAGGUGGAAGCGCGACUCGAAGCAACCAAGCAAGAGUUACAUCGGACGAAGGAAGAGCUGGGAAAGGUCGAGGAAGAAGUUUUCAAUCUUCGACAGCGCUUAGCAACAUUCGAAACCAAGGUUGUAUCGAAUUCCGCUGUUUGA